AUGGACCCGCUAUCAGUGAGCGCCAGCAUCUCUGGAUUGAUAUCCAUUCUCGACAUCAUAGCUGGGAAGAGUUACAAAUAUGUCAAAGAAGUCAGGGGAUCGACCCAGGAAGUCAAAAAACUUGUCAAAGAAAUGACCGAUCUAUACGGCAUUCUCAACCAGUUACGCCUAGUCGUCUCACGUUUUGACGACGAGUCAAUCUCUUCCACCAUUCAAUUCCAGCACAUAGAUACUUGCCGAACACUACUUGACAGGAUUAAAGAAAGAUUAGAUAAAGCUGACCGCGACAAUAUCGGUGGUCAAAAGUCGGCGAUUGGCCGGAAAAUUUCAAAUUUAGGGCGAGCUCUUAUCUGGCCUUUCAGCGUCGGUGAAACCAGAGCACUCAUCGAUGAUGUGACGACACAGAAGUCUACUUUGAUGUUUGCGCUUCAAGUGGAUGGAAUGAAUGCGCUAUUUGAUGCACUCAGUGACCGGAAGACACAAGGACUAAAUAUAGAAGCAAUACAGGCAAAUGUGCUUGGCCUAAGGAAUGAGAAAGCGAUAUCUAUGUUGAACCAGAAGCAGAAGAAGAUUAUUAAAUGGAUAGCUCCAUAUGAUCCCAGUCAGAGGCAUCAAGAAAUUGCGACGAAACUUCGACAGCCAGGUACUGGUCAGUGGUUCACUAAGGGAGAUCCUUUCAAGUCCUGGCUUAAUGAAAAGGCAUCGAAGUUGUGGUUGUAUGGUAUUCCUGGAGCUGGAAAAACUAUAUUAAUCAGUUCUACCAUCAGCUGUAUCUUUGACCAGCUUGAAGAUGGUGAUUGUUUAGCAUUCUUUUAUUGCGAUUACAAGGAUACAAAGACACAGGACCCUCUAAACAUCUUGGGUUCUCUGGUUAAGCAACUUGUGUUAGCCGACCGCCGCGGAUUUGCGGAGCUAGAAGCAUGUUGGGUCAAUUGUUGCCCAGAUGAGGAUAUUGGAAUUUCGAACCCAAUAUCGGCAGAGCAUCUCUGUGAAUCACUUCGGAAUAUAUCACGUUACUUCGAUAAUGUUCAUCUUGUUGUUGAUGCUCUAGAUGAAUGCGGAGAUGGUCGUUUGGAUAUUGUACGUCUUCUGACUGAGCUCAACGCUACCAAGGACAGCAAUAUCAAAAUAAUCUUGGCCUCGCGGCCCGAGCCAGACAUCGAGAGCCACUUGGUAGAUUUUACAAAACUCUCAAUUGAAGCGCACAGAAACGACUUGGAACUCUAUGUACAUUCAAAAAUGGAGUGUCUUCGUGAAACCAAAAAAAUCCCCUGGAACCAAGAGUUGAGAGAAGAAAUCGCACAACGGCUGGUGGAUGAGGCACAGGUCCGCUGGGUAACAUGCCAACUAGAUCGGCUGUAUGACAUCGAUACCAUCAGAGGUGUCAGGCGAGCUUUGCAUUCACUCCCGCCGACAUUAUUCGAAACCUAUGAGAGAAUACUAGACCGUAUCAAUCUCAGCAGUGGUGAGACCAAAGAGCUUGUUCGUCGAGUCUUGAUAUGGACUGUCUGUGCCGUUGAACCACUCUCGUUGGCCCAAUUACUCGAAGCCGUAUCCAUAGACCUGUCUGAUAAGCAUUUAGACCGAGAAGGAAUUCCGAAUGAGCAGAGUAUCCUGAAGAGAUGUAGUAGCCUUGUUAGGAAGACUGAGGGACCGUGGGGCAUUCGAAUUGAAUUAGCGCAUUUCAGCGUCAAGGAAUUUUUACUACUUGAAGUUCAGGAUGACCGAUAUUCCAUGUACCGCAUGUCACAGGAUUUUCGGAAUGCUUAUAUGGCUAAGGUCUGUCUGACCUAUCUAUUGUUCGAAGACUUCCAAGACGUCACUCCUCACACUACACCCACUGAAAAAUCUGCCACGGAUAAGAAAUACGCAUUUUAUCGCUACGCCUCGUGGAAUUUUGUCAGUCAUGCAUGCAGUGAUGCCGAUGACGAUAAUAUCUUGGAAUUACUUAAACUGCUUUUUGAUCCUAUAAAAACGAAUAGCUUCGUCUUUUGGGUCCAGGAACUGCUGAUUCACUAUCGUGACUGGAACAGUCGCCAAAAGAUCAUUUGCAAUACUAGCACUUUGCACUUCGCGAUCCUGUUAUCAAUUCCCCACGUAGUGGAAUGGUUGAUCUCAGAUACCGAUACCUACUCGUAUCUAACCAAGAAUGGCGAUGUUGGUACCUUGUUAGCCUGUGCAGUAGCUCCCGAAAUGGUUCUGUACCAGGUUGUAGAGGACACAAAAUGUAGACGACAUCCUCACCCUAAUCGAAAAAAGAAAACAUUGGAGUCUUUAUUUCAGUCCGGCACAAUAAUUGAUCCGCUUUCCCUCACCACAGGUGAAUGGGGAGAUUCUCCAUGUACAAAUUUGUUGGAGCUCGCCAUUAAAGCCCAUUUUGGGUGGGAUAUACUACUUCAGCAUGGAGCUCUGAUAACCGAUUCAUGUAUCAAGGCUCUGGAAGAGGACUUUGAGGAUAGCUAUGACUUUAUCACUAGUUUUGUACAAAGUACAAACCCCAAAAAUGUCCCUGCUGAUAUCAAUUCAAGAUUUAUACAAUUUGCGGGAAAACUCAAAGGCGUUGAUAAACCUCUGGUAGAUUCAUUCUUUGACUCUAGUGUUGAGAUUGACUCCACUGAAGCGAUUGCCGCAUUACACGCAGCAAUCACAUUUGGUCAGACGUAUAACGUACUACAAGUUCUGAAGAAAAGGAACCCGAGCAUAAAUUCGUGUUCAAAUAUAGAUGGACUGAGCGCACUACACCGUGCUUCGAAAGGCGGCCAUCUAGAAAUUGUCAAGAUCCUUCUCGAACACGGUGCUUCAUUGGAUCUUCUCACUUCAACUUCUGAAAUAAAGACUGCUUAUGAGGUUUAUGAUAUGAGGUCCGGUUAUUACAGUUUGAAAUCUCUAACCUCUUUUCAUUUGGCCGUUGAGAAUGGAAAGUUAGAGGUUGCCAAGUUUUUACAACGCCAGGGAGCAGAUAUCAAUAAGCCUAACAUAUCGGGCGUUACACCAAUUCAUUCUGCCACUCGCCAUGACCUCAACAUGGUGGAAUAUCUACUUCAGUGUCCUGGACAACGCCAUUCAUUUUUCACCAAAACCAGUAAGGGAUGGACCAUACUGAUGGCAGCAGCAAGGUUUGGGUCAAGUGACGUGUUCAGAUUUGUUUUGCAGAACUCAGAUAUAUCUAUCGUACAAUGUCAGGACAAAGCUGGUGUCAAUUGUCUUCAUGAAGCGGUACGAUCUACUACUGAACCGGCAUUGAAAAUUGCAAUUCUUGGAGAAUUAUGUGUAGAUUUAUACACACCAACAAAGGAUGGAUUCACGCCUUUGCAUUUUGCAGCUAAAACUGACUCUUACACAUUCGAAAAGGUCCUCAAAUAUGCUCUGCAAUUAUCUUUAUGGGGAUCUCAAGGUCCUACUUCUCUCAGAAUCAUGACAAAGAACACUUACUUACAGGGCUCAGAUUCUCGGUGGGAUGUUCUCAACGACACACAAGACAUAAUAAAUGUCGUCUCUAAUUCUGGAUCAUCCGUUUUAUAUAUGUUGAUGGACAUGGGAUACACUUCUGCCGAAAAUGCAAUAACAAAGCUUAGGCUACUACUUUCAUCUAGCCGGAAGGUGAAUCUGGAACUUAAGGACAACGAAGGAAGAUCAGCAUUAUUAAUACUUUGCAAUUUGGUACUCCAAUAUUAUGAAAGAGAUAAACAUACCGACGGGUUUUUGACUAAUUCCCUGAAAUUAUUAUUGCAACAUGGAGCUUUGAUCACUCAACAAGACCGGGAAGGAAAUACAGCACUUCAUUAUCUUUGUAAAAGCCGGGGGUUCACAAAUCUUGAGUAUCGAUGCAUUUCUAUUUCAUUAGCGGCGGAACGCUGGAGACUUGCUGACACGCUCAAAAAUGAUAGCAUAUACAUCCCUAAAUGUAUGAGUGCAGACGAUAGUUAUGGCCGAAACGAUGGCAAAGAUAGGGGUGAUUACGGUGCAGAUGGUGACUAUUGGAACAACAACAAGAGGGCUGGCGAAGAUGAUGACGAUAAUGAUUUCAUGACAAAAACAGAACACACAAGGUUCCACCUGAGGAACAACUAUUGCAAAUUGUUGGAACUACCCAACCGAUCAAAUCGUACUGCUCUACACAUAUUCUUCGCGCAAUUUGAAAAUAUUUGCCACCAACCAUUUGCAAGCAAAAUUGCGCUCAUGUUAGUGUCUGCAGCUUCCGUAGACCAGCUGAACAGCACCUUCGUUAAUGGUCGCACCCUUCUUAAUAUUGCUCUUCAUCAUGGGCAAGACCAGCUUAGCAAAAUGCUUCUUGAUCUUGGGGUAGAUACUUUGCAUCCCGAUAAAGGAAUGCCUCCACGAACAGCACUUGAACUACUCUGUAUACACGGGUCGCAAAACAAAUCUCUCAUUGAAAGGAUUAUUGCAAGCCACCUGGACAGAAACUAUUUGAAUUUUGGUGGCUACACUAUGCUUGAUCUGGCAUGUCUUCAUUUUCAACCAGAAGUCUUAAAGGAAUUGCUUCGAGUUGGGUGGAACGCAGAAGCUCUGAAUCGACGGGGAUUGCCGCCGAUCGCAGCAGCUAUUCAAUCUGGAGAUACAAAAGCCGUUGAAUCCCUAUUAAGAUAUGGAGCCGUCAUUCUUAAUAUAUACCAAACACACCUAUCGCGGUUCUCUCUGUACAUGUCUCUAGCUCCAAACUCAGGAAUGUGUAAACUUCUUGACGAAAAGGGAUUCAAUGAUUGGCAUUGCAGAACCAGUGGGUAUUUCCAGGGGCAAUUCGUACCUGGAUUAAGCACAACACAAACAAUAAAUGGCAGCACUAUGACGGAAAAGGAAUGGCUUCUCGAGAUAGAUAGUGUGACACCCUUGCAUCAGGCAUCAAUAUAUGGCACCAAAGAGACUAUACAGUAUGCUCUGGAAUUUGGAAUUGAUAUGGAUGUCGAUGUUACUGCAAGUUUUGGUAUCACUCCAUUGUUCUUUGCGAUCUAUGGCAAAAAGCCUGACAUCACUGAAUUGCUUCUAUCAGAAGGUGCCGCAACUAAUGUUAUCUACGGUCCCCGGAAAUUGACACCGCUACAUCUUGCUGUUGCAGGAGGCAAUGAGCUGAUUGUUGAGACUCUUCUUCAAUAUGGAGCGGAUGUUCAAGCUCGUGAUGGUGCAGGGCUCACUCCGGCUACGCUUGCUUGGGAUCUUAAGUAUGAAAGUAUAGCUGAAAUUUUGAAUGAAACUUUAGCCAAGCUUUUAAUAUCUGCGCCCAUUUGUCCAAAUAACAAUAUAUCAGCUGCAGAGACAGAUAUAGUAGACGGUAAUACAUAUGUAUCUGUUGCAAUUGAAGAUGCUAUUAUCCGUCAGGACCUUUCUACUCUGAAAUAUCUAGUUCAAAAUGGCGACAGCAUUGAAGGGACUUGUUUCUGCGGGUGCAGUCCAUUACUUAAAGCUUUUGUGAGAAGCUCUUCCAGAGAAAUUAUUCAUUAUCUAUUAGAUAAUGGAGCUUCGUUAACUGGAGUAGUGACGUGUACAGAACAACUACCUACUUCUGGAUUUACACCUCUUCACUACGCCGCAAUGUUGGGAGACGAACAAAUUGUGGAAAAGAUUCUCACACUAGGAAAGCCGACUCCUCAACAAAAGGUCCACCCUUUACAUGUUGCAGCAUAUAACGGGCAUUCUGCUUGUGUUAGGCUGCUCUUGAAUUAUGAACUCGAGAAUAAAUGUGGAAUUGACAUGAAAAGCGACGUUGCUAGUCCUCGAUGCUUCGAGGAAGCGCAAAUUGUGAGCAAUGAUGAUCAUGUUGCCAAGGAUAUCGGCGGGACAGCUUUACAUUAUGCUUCUUUUCAAGGCCACUUGAAUACUAUGAAGGAACUCUUGAAAGCAGGAGCAGAUCCUAAUGCUCGAAACAGGUGGGGAGAAACACCUCUACAUAUUGCCGCAGAGGACGGUCAAUACCAAGCAUGCCAAGUCCUGAUCUCUGCUGGAGCCAGUGUGUUAUCUCGAGAUUUUUAUAACUUCUGCCCAAUUCACGAUGCGAUAUCGGGAGAGCAUCAGCGAAUAGUGCAGGUUAUGAUAAAAGAAUUGGUCAGCUUCGAUAUUUUUUUGGACGAUGGAAGUAAUCUACUGGCUUAUGCUUGCCGUAAUGGCAAUGCAGAGACAAUAGAAAUACUGAUUGCCGCUGGGAUGAACAUUAAUUCAACCGACAAUUAUGAGUGGCCGGCAUUUUUUUCAGCUAUGCUUAGCCAGACUUUGACUGAAGAAUUCCAAAUGAAGUUACUAGCAAAUGUUGAUAAUCUUUACCAAACCCAUAAGACGGAAAGUAGUUUACUUACGAUUCUUUGCUGGGAAUCCCUUCUUUUGGUAGUCAGAGAAUUACUGAGAAUAAUGCCUAAAGAUAGAUUAUACCAGUAUGUUAAUUACAUCAGUUUAUAUGGUACAGCUCUAUACCGUACAGCAGAAAUAUCUCGAGAGCAAAAUUUAAAAAUAGCAGAGCUGCUCAUAGACCAUGGGGCUGAGCUUGAAAUCAUUAAACCGUCGCACGGCACACCUCUGAUGGGUGCGUGUUACUACGGUUAUUAUGACAUGGUUGCGCUGCUUCUCAGAAAAGGAGCAAGAACCACAUGCAACAAACGCGAUGGGACACAAAUGACUGCAGUUGAAGAAGCUAGACACCAUCCUGACAUAGUGGCCUUGCUAAAGAAGUUUGAAGACAAAGGUGUUGAGGCAUUGAAUGAGCCCAGGCCAGCUCUACUUGCCAAUAUGGUGAGGGUUGAGGAGUGCAUGAAUAGGAUUUCGAAAGAGGAGGAAUAA